AUGUUGUUUUCUUCUGAUUUAAAUUUAUUCUUUACUAUUUUCGUCUGUCUUUCAUGUCUAUAUUUCUCUGCUCAUAGUAUAGCUAUGACUCGCUACAAGAAAUCUGUUCCAUUUGAAAUCAAUUAA